GACAGCGGCGCUGUUUCCACAAUUGGUGAACUACCUCUAUUUGGUCAAGGACUAGCUAUGUUGUGAAAAUCUUUCAAAUUUUUUACAUUUUCAGUGAUUACGCGGACUUAUCUGGAAGUCUGCUUUUUGGGGGGGGAGAGGGAUCGUGUGACCGACUCCCUGCGGACUGUGUGGCCGGCCCGGGGUUCGCUGUUCCGGGCAGCUGCUGAGCAGUUUUCUGAUCUCUUGACUGGAGGAUUUUUUAUUUUUUUUACUGUAAACCAAGUUAGCUCAACAGCUAAUCCUAAAAGUCACGUCACCUGUGCAGACUGGAAUUAAAAACUUUCACGUCAGAGCCGGGACAGCCGGGUGAGCGUUAACUGUAUGCCCUUACAAAACUUUACGUCAAGUGUUUUUUUGCGCGGGAUUCGUGUUUUAUGUCGCUUUUACGCAGCCGUUAAGAUUUCCGUUGAGAGACCGCAGCAAGUGAAGCGUAGCUGCGCAUUAUAAAUGACGGUCCGACCCGUAGUCGCACACGGAUACGGAGUUUUUCUGAGGGAAAUGUGGUAGAGAGAGACGACAGCUUCUGUGUUCAGCCCGCUGACUUGGCGGCUCUGGGUUUGCUGCUCGUGAGGCCUGCGGGUCGGGCUUCCACCGGGUUUGAGUAGAGCCCGACGCCGCCUUCGAACGCUCGGAGGCCGGCAGUUGGAGCUGCCACCGCCGGGCCUGCGGACCAAGGUAUGGAACGGAUGGAAGUGGACCAGUGCGCAGGCGCAGCUGGCGGGGCAGGAGGCGGGGCACUCCGCAGAUCGAACAGCGCCCCCAUGAUCACCAGUGUCAGUGACGGCAUGACAAUCUUCAGUCCGGUGUCCUCGGCGCGCUACAGACGCAGCAGCGUGUCCAUCAACCCCAGCUGCCCCUCACAGGAGGAGAACAUGGAGAUGAAUCUCAGAGGAAGUCUGCAGAGACUAAGUGCUUCCAGUCUGAUCCCAGCUCCUCCUGUCAGUCAGUGGCACAACCACGCAUCAGUGUGGUUCCAGUCACAGGACAGCGGCGUCACACCCAACUCUUCCCCGAGUCCCACCAGGAGGUUCAGACCAGCAGUCAGCGCCACGGUGAGAUGGCCGGCUCUAACUCCCCUCAAGAGGAAAGGAGGGGUGGAGUCUGACGGGCCCCCCAAAAAGCUCUUUGUUGCCGGAGUAACAGACCCCGCCCAGCGCAGCAGCUACACGGUCAGUGUCUCUCAGUCGGCAGCGGACUCUCCUCCGGCAGGAGGCCACAGCCCUCCACGGUCCAGCCACCUGUCUCUCUCUCCUCCCCCCUCCUUCACCCCCCACCAGCACCCGGGACACUAAGACCCCUUCGCACCCAGAGUCCUGACCCUUUCACUGUGGGUGCACACCGACCACCAGCCGCUCCAGAGACAUUAAGACAAAACACCCCUGGAGGAACAUCGAACCCCAUCGCACCUUAUUUCUGUUUUCCGGGAUACACUGUAAGUCCCGCCUCUUCCUGCGACCACAUUGGACGGACAGAAGAAUCACACGAAAUGAAGAUCGGCCCGGUUUUUAUGCUCCCUGAGCGUCUUUAUUGUCAGAAAAUAUCUAGUUUGGCUGCCCGGACGCAUCACAAAAGUCCAAAUGGAAUACAUUUUCACUUCAUUAUGUCAUUAGUUUAGUUUAUUUGCACAAACAAGGGAAAUGCGUACGAUAGAAUUUAAAAAAACAAGCAUCUACAAGAAAGGAGAAAAGCCCGAAAAAUUUAUUUAGCGUCACAAUAUACAACUAAAACCUAAUAAUUUCUCUACAAAAAAGGAAAAACAAGCAACUAACAAACAAACCGGUUAACAUACACAAGAUGUCAAUAUGUAUUAGGUAAUUAUACACCUGCAAAACAACACUGAAUGCAAUAUGUACAAACUUUUCCACAUUAUGUAAUAACCUGCCGCAUUUUGUAGUACCUUAUUGUAUAAUACAUAUAUGUAAACAUAAAACAUGUUUAAAUAAAAUAUAUUUUAUGGGUAAAAAGGCUAUAUUUAUGGCUUUUAGAUUUUUUUUUCAAUGCCAGUAGAGAGAGAGACAUUUUCCAUUUGGGUAGGUUAUUACAUAAUGCACCAUUAUUUUUAUUACAUGUUGCAUUCAGAGUUUUUAUUACAUAAUGUUUAAUGAAAGCUACGAAGUGAAAAUGUAUAACAUGUUGACGUUUUGCGGUAUGUUUCUCUGCAGCCUUGAUGCAUUAGGCGAGAAACUUUUCUGGCUGGCUCGCCAACUGCUCUGUUGUGUCGUUGGCGUAAUGCUGGAGUUAAACAUCCGUGCGGACUACAAAUCUCAACGUGUCCUGCGGACGCAAGUGGCUGAUUUCUGAUUCGUUACGGAGAGGAAUGAAACGUAAUUGUUAUACAAGUUGUUUCGAUGCUGCGAACACACGGAGAAAAGAAGGAAACGCACAAAUGUCUCGCUGCGUUUCUCGUGUCGACAUGGACGGAGUCGGGAGCGCCUGAAACAGGACACGGUUCUUCCCGUUGCUGCAGCUUCAGUGGCUUCCCAUUGGAUGCUGCUCCAGUCCAAUCCGACCAAUCGGACGAUGCUAUUUGUGAAGUUCCAGAUCCUUCUCUGAGCGGUUAAUCGGAUGUUCUGAAGAAGUUCUAACAGGGUUCAACGUUAAGUUAAAAAAUUAUUUUUUUUUAAA